AUGUGGACGCCAUUGAGGCUUGUACUUAUUGCCGUUAUGGCUUGGGGCGCUAUCGCUCAGAAUUUUUACGACUCUUCCCCGCAUAUUUUGGAAUUGUCGCCGUCGAAUUUCGACCAAGUGGUGCACCAGACGAAUUACACGACGUUGGUCGAGUUCUACGCGCCCUGGUGUGGGUAUUGCCAGCAAUUGAAGGGCACGAUGCAGAAAGCCGCACGGAGCCUUGACGGAUUGGUCCAGGUUGCAAGUGUGAACUGUGACGUGGCGAAAAACAAGCCUCUCUGCGCGAGACAUCGCGUAGAAGGGUUCCCUACCUUGGUCGUUUUCCGGCCUCCCAAGAUCGAUUUGAGCGUGCCGUUCGCGGACCGCAUGCGCAUCACGAACCACGCAAGCGAGGUUUACAGAGGAGAGCGGAAACUGCGACCGCUCGUAGAUUUUGCUGCGUCGCGUAUCAAAAACUACGUACGUCGGUUCACGAAACCCAUGUCCGCGGUCGCCGCGCUCGAGACUUCCGAAUCCCGCUACGUCAUGUUCUUGUUUUCUAAGAGCGACAGAGUAUCGCCCUUGUACAAGAGUCUCGCCCUCGACUGGUUGGGCACGGUGCGCUUUGCCCUCGUGCCCAACGGCAAGCUUGCCAGUGCGUCGCAAGUCACUUCAUCCCAAUUACCUCGCAUUGCCGGUUUUUUCCAGGAUCUAAGCAGCAGCGACCAGCAUACCAGCGAAUCCAGCAAGCUCGUGCUGUUCGAUACCCAAGACGACGAGUUCCAUGUCUACGGGGGCGCGAUUGACAAGCUCGCGCUUGCGCAGUUUUUGUCGAAAUUUGCCGCCCCCAACGAGGGUCCCCUGACGCAAAGACAAGCAUUUGUCGACGCUGUAAAAGCAGGCAAGAAGUUCAAAAAGUCCAAGCAGAACCAAAAACACCACCACCACGACGAGCUGUAA